AGGAAAUCAAAGGCGAAAGCAACUUUGUUUGCUGGUGUGUCUGCAACAAUUUUCACGAGAGUUAUGGCUCUCAAAUCAGCAAAAGAAAUCUGGGAUUAUCUGAAGGGAGAAUAUACAGGAGAUGAAAGAAUACGAGGCAUGAAGGUGUUGAAUUUAAUAAGGGAAUUCGAGUUGCAGAAAAUGAAGGAAUCUGAGACUGUCAAAGAAUACUCAGAUCGGUUGCUUGGCAUUGUUAACAAGGCACAAGAGCAAAGGAGGCUUAUGAGGCAAGAUGGUAUGGUUGAAGGAGCCCUGGCAGCCAACCAUAAAACUCAAAGCAAGGGUAAUAAUGUUAAAAAAAUUACCCGCCUUGUCAGCACUGUGGCAAAAAAGGUCAUCCACCAUUCAAAUAUUGGAAGAGGCCAGAUGCAAAGUGCAAAAUUUGCAACCAACUUGGUCAUGAAGCUGUAAUUUGCAAAGGCAAAUA